CCCUAAGUCAGGCUACUUAGUGCUGCGGAGUUUCGAUUCCCAGCGUUCGGAAACGGGUCGCCAGGGGUCGCCAUGGGCUUCCGGUUUCCUGGACGACACCCCCGCUACCCCGGCAAGGCCGCCGCUCCGGGUACACUGCGGAGGGGUUCGCCUUGCUUUGGCCUUGGCUGCACCAGGACCGACCAGUGGGCUGGGACCCGGAGGAUCGGGAAGGAGUGGCAAGCCCCAGGACCGCUGGCGCCGGCGCCCUCAGCGCCCACUCAGGCCGCCCCGCAGCAGGGAAACGCGGCCGGGAGGGGCUGGUGGCGAGCAGCAACCUGCAGAAGGAGGCUGACAGGGUCCGCGCGCUCAGCGCUGGGGCCACGCCCAGAAGUUAUAUUUUAACUUCCUGGUUGAUUUCCCUUCGCACGUAAGCAUGAGCCAUGAUAAAAGGGAUCGGCCAUUUGAAAAGAAGCCUGUGUGCCACCAGGAUGCCUAUGAAGUGGAUUUCAGUUCUGCUGCUGCUACAGCUGAGUGGUCACUUCAGCCCUGGGAGUUGUGGAAAGGUGCUGGUGUGGCCCACAGAAUACAGCCACUGGAUCAACAUGAAGACCAUCCUGGAUGCACUUGUCCAGAGAGGUCAUGAAGUGACUGUUCUGACAUCUUCAGCUUCAAUUCUUGUUGAUCCCAAUAAACCAUCUGCUAUUCAAUUUGAGGUUUUUCCUACAUCUUUAACAAAAGAUGAUUUUGAGGAUAUUCUCAUGCGGCUGACCUCUAAGUGGACAUAUAUGCCAAAAUAUACAUUUUGGACUUAUUUUUCACUAAUUCAAGAUAACAUUUUGGAAUAUUUUGAUUGUAUUCAAAAGCUCUGUAAAGAUGCUGUUUUGAACAAGAACCUUAUGAGAAAACUACAGGAAUCAAGGUUUGAUGUCGUUCUUACAGAUCCCUCUGGACCCUGUGGUGAGCUGCUGGCUGAGCUACUUAAAAUACCUUUUGUGUACAGUCUCCGCUUCUCUUUUGGCUAUACAAUUGAAAAGUACAGUGGAGGACUUCCAUUCCCUCCAUCCUACGUACCUAUUGUCUUAUCAGAAUUAAGUGAUCAAAUGACAUUCAUGGAGCGAGUAAAAAAUAUGAUGUAUGUGCUUUAUUUUGACUUCUGGUUCCAAGCAUUUAGUGAGAAGUGGGAUCAGCUUUACAGCGAAGCACUAGGAAGACCCACUACAUUAUUCGAGUUAAUGAGAAAAGCAGAUAUAUGGUUUAUUCGAACCUAUUGGGAUUUUGAGUUUCCUCGCCCACUCUUGCCACAUUUUCAAUUUGUUGGAGGCCUCCACUGCAAACCUGCUAAGCCUCUGCCUAAGGUAAAACUAUUCCUGUUUGUUCUACUUUGCAUUUUCAAUAGGAAUGAUUAUGUAUUCUUCAUUCAGAAGGUCUGAUCACACUGAGAGAGAUAUGGGAAACUGGG